UUUAUUAUGUUGGUUUGGACCGGGCCCAUGGCCCGUUGCCAUUCCCAUCGAUCGAGUUCCAGAGUUGAGAUGUCGAAGAGGCAACUAUAAAGCGACGUCGUUGAGAUGCUCACUAAUUACAAAGCGUAAAGCCCCUUAAACCUCACUGCGUUGCCGACUGCCUUGCCUUUGGGCGCUAGCCGAAGUAACGAUCGCCAACGAAAAUGUCGAGUCCAGAGGAAGCAAAACUCGAACUAUUCCUUCAAUGGCUUCAGGUAAAUGGAGCUCAGUUUCGCGGCUGCAAAAUAAAGUACUGCGAUUUCAACAAAGGCUUCGGUGUUUAUUCCUCCAAUGAGUCUCCUGAAGACGGGGUUCUUCUUGUUGUUCCAUUGAAUUUAGCAAUAACUCCGAUGAGGGUAUUGCAAGAUCCUUUAAUUGGAGCAGAGUGUAGAGCAAUGUUCGAAGAAGGAGAAGUUGAUGAUAGGUUUUUAAUGAUUUUAUUUCUUACUGUGGAACGUCUUCGUAACAAUUCUUCGUGGAAACCGUAUCUUGAUAUGCUUCCGACUACUUUUGGGAAUCCGCUUUGGUUUACUGAUGAUGAGCUUCUGGAGUUGAGAGGGACAACCUUGUAUAGAGCAACUGAAUUGCGGAAAAAGGAUUUGCUGUCUGUGUUUAAAGACAAAGUUAAGGAUUUGGUGAAGAAACUUUUGGUUCUUGAUGGAGAUUCAGAAAGUGAGGUAUGCUUUGAAGAUUUCCUUUGGGCAAAUUCUAUAUUUUGGUCUCGUGCUUUGAACCUUCCUCUGCCACAUUCUUAUGUAUUUCCCCAAAUUCAAGAAGAUCAGGACACCACCUAUCCAGUUGACAAAAAUUCUGAGAUGUCAACCAGUCAUAGUUGUAGUGGAGAGCCAAUUAAUGAAAAUGAUAGAAAAAGAUUUGAGGCUCAUGGGAAUGAUAAUGAAGUCAAUGGAAUGACUUCUACAUCAAAACAAGGAGAAACUGUUUGGGUGGAGGGUCUUCUCCCUGGCAUUGACUUUUGCAACCAUGACUUGAAGGCUGUGGCAACAUGGGAAGUUGAUGGAACAGGAUUAGUAACUGAAGUUCCUUUAUCCAUGUACCUUAUUUCUGCUUUGCAAACGCCAUUGCCAGUUGAGAAAGAGAUUUCCAUCAGUUAUGGCAACAAAGGCAAUGAGGAACUACUGUACUUGUAUGGAUUCGUUGUUGAUAAUAAUCCAGAUGACUAUCUCAUGGUUCAUUAUCCUGGGGAGGCUAUCCAGAAUAUUUCCUUUUCUGACUUCAAAGGACAACUGCUUGUAGCCCAGAAUGCUGCAAUGCGGUGCCUUUUACCUAAAAAUUUGCUGGAUCAUGGCUUUUUUCCAACAGGAUCCUCAAAUAAUAAAGCAAAUAAUACCUGUGAAGCUGAUAGAAUUUGCGGUUUUAGUUGGAGUGGUUACCGCACAACACCUUCGUACUUGAAUAAGCUGGUUUUUCCUGAAGAUUUUAUGACUGCCUUGAGGACCAUAGCAAUGCAAGAAGAUGAGGUUUCUAAGGUUUCCUCAUUGCUGGAAGAGCUUGUUGGGUCUGAAGGAGAAAGGCAACCAUCCAAGACAGAAAUAAGAACAGCAGUAUGGGAGACCUGUGGGGAUUCUGGAGGUCUUCAAUUGCUUGUUGACCUUCUUCAGAAAAAGAUGAUGGACCUUGAAGAGAGUUCUGGAACAGAGGAUUGUGAUGCUGAACUACUUGAGAAUGCCUGCAUUAGUGGAAGCCCAGAACAGCACACAAGCAUGGAGGCAAAUGACUUAGCCCGGCACAAGUUAAUGAGUAGGAACAGGUGGUCUAGUAUAGUGUAUCGGAGAGGGCAGAAGGAACUGACUCGUUUAUUCCUGAAGGAAGCAGAGCACGCCUUGCAAUUAUCUCUAAGUGAAGGAAAUUGAGUAGUUAUAUUUGUGCUAGUACUGGUGUAAUAUUUGUAUUUUUUUUCCCCCUAUAUUGGUAAAUGUUGAGUAAUUUUUACGAAUUCUUCUCAUUCAAAAUAAACGGUUUCGAUUAAGUUAA